AUGUUUGGGAACUGGACAUUUGGAACGUUGGUCUUCACGAUCAUGGUCAUCACAGUCACAUUAAAGCUUGCUUUAGAGACUCAUUUCUGGACAUGGAUGAACCAUUUUGUGACGUGGGGUUCAAUUGCCUUCUACUUCAUCUUCUCCCUCUUCUAUGGAGGCAUCAUCUGGCCCUUCCUCCACACGCAGGACAUGUACUUUGUAUUCGUGCAGCUUCUGUCCAGCGGCUCUGCGUGGUUCGCCAUCAUCAUCAUCGUCAUAACUUGCCUCCUCCCCGAUGUGGUGAAGAAGGUGUUCUACCGACAUCUGCAGCCCACCAGCACACAGAAGAGUCAGUCUCUAUCAGCCCCCCCGGCCCUCAGCUGUGUGGAGUCCCUGUGCUGCUACCAACAUGGGCAGAGCGGCUGUUCCCGCCUGGCCUCCGUCCUGGAGCAAAUGACCGGGCAGUGCCAGGCCAGCGCCAGUAAUUCCCACGCAUCCAGCCGCAGCAACAGGUGGGGAGGACUACAACCACAAACUGUGAUUAUGAACCCUGAUGAUCAAACAUUUGGGCUGGAGUCCUGAGUGUUUUAGUCCUUAAUAUGGCUACAACUACUGUAAGGCUUUCUUGUUCAGAUCCGUUGCAGGUUAGGCGUACAACUGUGGUGGAGCAGGGUUUAAAAGAGACUGGUUUUAGGGUGUGACUUGUGGACAACGACCUAACCAGGAGGAAGGUGUGUGGAUCAAGCCAUCAUGGACAGCUGUAAUGAUGUUCUUAUUUACAUCAAUGAGCAACAACAAAGAGUGUUGAGUCACUUUUAUUUUAAAAGUCAGAACGGUGUAAUGUCCACAGUGUAUCAUCAUAAAUAUAACAGUUCACAUUGUAACCAAAAUCAUAGAGACCAAUGACUGAAAACAUUGAAAAGGCCAUCCUUUCCUUGUUUGGCAGAAGCAGAAUUUGGAGACCUGGUUCGAUACACAUGCAUCCAACAGGUCUCAAUAAUACACUGUAACCUGUCCGUUUAGCCUCUACAGGGCAGAUAUUAGCCCGCCUCUAUGUCAUAAUCAUCUAUACACUGUGUCUGUCUGCUUUGAUUCUGAUCAAUACUUCCUUUAAAUCAGAGGUGUGGUGUCCAAAUUAGCCUGAUUAGCCAGUUUCUUUUUGUAGAACUGCCUACUCCUUAAUGCACUUUAACAGAUGACACCAUUGUCUCUAUGUCAGUGAUGAAGUUGACUUGCUUGUUUUAUGUUGUUAUUCAUUGGAGGGCCUCACCAUUUUUAGAAGAGGCCGGAUAAUGACU